AGAAAACCGCAAACGAUGUUGGAAACAGCAACAAGCAGUGGGAAAACCCCGGAGAGAGUGGGUUUGGCCUGCGAAGCCAGUGCAGGGGGAGGAGCCAAGGCGGGCGGACGGGUAUAUAAGGAAGAUCGCAAGUCUUCCGGCACACAACUAUCCCUCACAUACACCAUGAAGGGUCUCAGCGUUAUCCUGUGCUGCGUUCUGGCGCUGGUGUCAGCCAAUGGCAAGGGGAAUCAGCAGGGGAACAAGAGAUUCUUUCAAGGAGGUGGUUUCCCUGGGGGACAUGGCGGUUUCCCCGGAGGGGUCGGUGGCGGUUUCCCCGGAGGGGUCGGUGGCGGUUUCCCCGGAGGGAUCGGUGGCGGUUUCCCCGGAGGAGUCGGUGGCGGUUUCCCCGGAGGCUUCCCCAGCGCCACAGCCCCUCCCGCCACAUGCAGGCGCUGGUGCCGAACUCCAGAGCAACAAGUCUAUUGCUGCGAGUCCGCCUUUGAACCCGAGGCCCCCGUGGGCACCAAGCCCCUCGACUGCCCACAAGUCCGUCCCACCUGCCCACCCACACGCUUCGGUGGACAACCUGUAACCUGCUCCAGCGACUACAAGUGCGGCGGCCUGGACAAGUGCUGCUUCGACAGGUGUCUGGCAGAACACGUGUGCAAGCCCCCUUCCUUCUACAGCCAGUUCGGUUGAGAAGGAAAAUUCACCGUACUGAUUCAUGUAAUGUCCAUGAUUAAUAAAUGUUUUCUAAAA